AUGUCGGUCGUGGGUAUCGACCUCGGAAACGUGAACUGCGUGAUCGCGCAGGCGAGGGGAGGGGGUAUCGAAGUACUCACGAACGAGGUAACGCAGCGGCAGACGCCAGCUGUGGUUACUUUUUGUGGAGGAAACGAGCGUUACGUUGGCGAAGCAGCGGCGACGCGUUACCUACAGAACGUACAACGGAGUAUCACUGAAUCAAAACGAAUUCUGGGACGCUCUUUGCUCGAGGAUGAGGUGCAGCACAUCGAGGCAGCGCGCGCGCUCUAUUCUAUUACGGAAGAGUAUGCUCAAGGUGGUAGUGCGGAGGCGCCAACAGACUACCGCGUGCGGCGAGCAGCCGUUCAGAUCCACUACUCGGCUGAACAGCUAGGCACUGACGCCUUGGAGCUGUGGCACCUUCCGCCAGAGGAGCGUGCGCGCAUUCCGAAACACAGCGUCAACGGCAAGGCCAGCGAUCUGCACGUUCUGCCUGUCGAGUCCGUUACAGCAAUGAUUCUGCAGAAACUGAACGAGAUCGUGGCAGCGUCGAACCACGGUAUCCAGGCCAGGGAUGUUGUGCUGUCUGUGCCGGUAUGGUACACCGAUGCCCAAAGAGCGGCGCUCUUGGACGCAGCAGCGAUCGCGGAUGUGCGCGUCCUCCGAAUGGUGCAUGAGCAUCUGGCUGCUGCGCUUGCGUACGGUCUGUAUCGGGCCACUGAGUUACCGGAAAAUGACAAAGAGCCCGUGCAGGUUAUCAUUGCGGAUGUGGGCCACUCCCAGACGACCGCAGCGUGCGUCGCAUUCUGGCGCUCGCGACUCGAAGUCCGAGCAGUCGCAUUCGAUCGGAAUCUCGGGGGCCGUGAUUUCGACGAGAUGCUCUUUCACCACUUUGCGAAGCUGUUUGCGGAACGAUAUCGCAUUUCGGUUGGCAAUCACAAAAAAGCGAUUGCACGACUUCGUCAGCAAUGCGAGAAAGUGAAGAAAAUUCUCUCAGCAAACGCACUAGCGCACCUGAACCUCGACUGCUUCGUGGACGAUAUCGAUGUUGAGGCCAUGAUUCAACGCGCUGAGUUUGAAACGCUGGUGCGGCCGCUCGCUGAGCGCAUUGUCCGGGUUGUGCAGCAAGUGGUCGCUUCCACUCCUGAACCGAAAGCGAUUCAGUCGAUUGAGCUUAUUGGUGGAGGUUCUCGAGUUCCAUUGAUCCAGAGCCUGAUUGAACAGACAACCGGCCUGACUGUGCGCAGAACCCUGAACACUGACGAGUGCAUUGCACGGGGAUGCGCGCUCCAAGCCGCCAUUUUGGCACCUGGGUAUCGAGUUCGCGAGUAUGAGGCGGUUGACUUUACUGUUUUCCCCAUUUGCAUCGCGAAAUCUGGAGCGACGGGCACGAAAGAGACAUUGGUAUUUGCCCCGAAGAGCGCGAUGCCAUCGCUGAAGCGAGUCACGUACUCGUACACUGGACAGCCUUUCGAGCUCCGCCUGUUCUACGGCGAUGACGCGGGUGCGGCUAAGCAACAAGGAGGAGCAUGUUCGCUACCUCAGGGCUGUGUCCGGGACAUCGCACUGGUUGAAAUCGGUGUCUUACCGAACAAGAGCCCAAAUUGUGGAAGGGUUCACGUGAAAGUGCGUCUGGAUGCCAACGGCAUGGUCAGCAUCGUCGGUGCGCAACUCGUAGAGGAAGUGUCUGUUGCUGAGAGUGCCGCAGCAGAAGCCCAAGAAGCUUCUCAGGACGCUGGCGCCACGAAUCAGCACGGAGGAGAGGCUCCAGAUACCGCUGCUACAAGGAUGGACCAAGAGAUAGCAAGCGAUGGCGCUGCGGCGGACGACUCGGCAAGGUCUGGCACCGACGCCCAUGCGAAUGGCCAAGGAACCGCACCUGCGCGCAAGGUCAUUCGCACGGAGCUCCCGAUUCGCCAACUACGAGGAACUCGACUCCAGCAUUACGCCCUGAAUGCGCUCAUCGAGAUCGAGCAACAAAUGCAAGCGGCUGAUCGGUAUCGCGUGGAGCGCGCCGAAGCGCUCAACGCACUCGAAACCUACGUGUACGAUAUGCGGUCGCGCGUUUCCACCGAUGGACCGUGGGCGAUCUACAUGGAUGACGCAUCUCAGAGCGCAUUCCUCCGCUUACUCGAUGAAACCGAGGAUUGGAUCUACUCCGAGGAGGGCUCCGAAACCGCACCCAAAUCGACGUUGAUCGAACGGCAGCAGAUGCUGGAGCGGCGGUACGGGGCGGCUGUCAAGGCGCGCGCCCUUGAAUACGAGAACAUUGCAGAUGCGGCGCACGUGUUCCGACGUGCGGCGGCAUCACUGCAGGCAGAAUGCGCCUCAGCGGCCACCGAAAAGCCGCACAUAUCCGUAGAGGACAUCCAGAAACUGGAGCGGGAAAUCGCUUCAUCCAUGGCCUGGUUGGAGGGAGCGCUCCACAAAGUCGAGAAAGCCCCGAAGCACAAGGACCCGCCGCUCAAAGCAGCCGACAUUGAGAAGCGCCGAAACGAGCUCGUACAGCGCGGACGACAGCUGCUCGACCGACCUGUCCCGUCCCGCACCGCCGCAGGCGAAUCGGGAAGUGCCCCAAACACAGCCUCUGGCCCAGGGGCAAAAACCUCGACAUCAUCGUCGCCAAACACAGAACAGGCGGACACAGCAUCGGCCUCUGAACCCGGCUCAACCGAGACUGCCGCACAGACCGCGGAACCCAUGGAGCAAGACUAUAAGCCCGACGCACCUCCUAAUCCCUGA